AUGGUUCUUAAAUCAACAUAUGCUGGUGAUGUCUCAGUUUAUCAAGUUUCAGGGGCUAAUGUCUCUAGAUCUUUACCAGAUUGGAUAGCUAAAAAGAGAAAGAAGUCAUUAAAAAAUGAUUUAGAAUAUCAAAAUAGAAUAGAAUUGAUUCAAGAUUUUGAAUUUAGUGAAGCUUCAAAUAAAGUUAAAGUUAGUCCUGAUGGUCAAUAUGCGAUGGCUACAGGUACUUAUAAACCACAAAUUCAUGUUUAUGAUUUUGCAAAUUUAUCAUUAAAAUUUGAAAGACAUACAGAUUGUGAAAAUGUUGAUUUUGAAAUAUUAUCAAAUGAUUGGACUAAAUCUGUUCAUUUACAAAAUGAUAGAAGUAUAGAAUUUCAAAACAAAGGUGGGAUGCAUUAUAGAACAAGAAUACCUAAAUUUGGUAGAAAUUUAGCUUAUAACUCUGUUAAUUGUGAUUUAUACAUUUCUGCAAGUGGUAAUGAAUUAUACAGAUUAAAUUUAGAUCAAGGAAGAUAUUUAAACCCAUUUAUUCUUGAUGUUGAUGAAUCAAAAGGAUCAGGUGCUAAUCAUGUCAGUUUCAGUACAACAAAUGGUCUUAUAGCUGCUGGGUUAGAAGAUGGUACUGUGGAAUUUUGGGAUUCAAGAGCAAAAUCAAGAGUUGCAAAAUUAUCAUUACCAACAAAUAAUUUUAGUGAUCAAGGAUUUCAAGUUUCAACAACAAGUUUCAAAAAUGAUGGAUUAAAUUUUGCAUGUGGUACAUCAACUGGUUAUUCAUAUUUAUACGAUUUAAGAAGUUCAACACCAACAUUAGUAAAAGAUCAUGGUUAUGGAUUUGAUAUUAAAAAAUUCAUUUGGUUAAAUGAUAAUAAAUUCUUAGCAUCAGAUAAAAGAAUUGCUAAAAUAUAUAAUCAAAAUGAUGGUAAAUUAUAUGCAUCAAUGGAACCAAGUGUUGAUAUUAAUGAUAUUGAACAUAUUCCAGAUACUGGUAUGUUUUUCACAGCCAAUGAAGGUAUUCAAAUGCAUACAUAUUAUAUACCGAACUUGGGUCCAGCUCCAAGAUGGUGUUCAUUCUUGGAUAACAUUACUGAAGAAUUGGAAGAAAAACCAGCAGAUUCAGUUUAUUCCAAUUAUAGAUUUAUUACUAGAGAUGAUGUUUCUAAAUUGAAUUUGACCCAUUUGGUCGGUACAAAAGUUCUUAGAUCUUAUAUGCAUGGUUUCUUUAUUAAUACAGAAUUAUAUGAUAAGGUUAAUUUAAUUGCUAAUCCUAAUUCAUAUAGAGAUGAAAGAGAAAGAGAAAUUAGAAAAAGAAUUGAAAAAGAAAGAGAAUCAAGAAUUAGAACAACAGGUGCUGUUACUGCAACCAAAGUUAAAGUUAAUAAAGAUCUUGCAGAGAAAUUGGCUAAAAAAUCAGGUUCUCAAGCUACAGAAAGUAUUAUUAAUGAUGAUCGUUUCAAAGAAUUAUUCGAAAAUCCAGAAUUUCAAGUUGAUAAAGAAUCUUUCGAAUAUAAACAACUUAACCCUGUGGAAUCGACCACUGAUGGUGAUUCUAAACGUUCUAGAGCUUUAACAGCUGCUGAAGAAUCAGAUGAAGAAAGAAUCAAGAGAGCUAAUGGUGAAGAUCAAAGUUCAGAUGAUGAAGAUAGUGAAUCAGAAAGUGAAUCAAGUGAUUCAGAAAGUGAAGAUGAAAAAGAUUCAAAUAAAGAACAAUUAGAUAGAUUACAACAAUUAAAGAUUAAAAAGCAAUUAGAUGCAGUUAAAAGAAAGAAAGAAGCUAAAGAUAAAUCUGAUAAAUUCUUAAAUGAAAUGAGAACUUAUGCAACUGAUAAUAAUAAUGGAGGUAUUCAAAAAAAUCAAGUUUCAUUUGAUAAACAAUUACAACGUAUUAAGAAUAAACAAGAAAGAGAAAAUUCUUCAAAGAAGAAUGAAGUUUUAAGAAGACAUGCAAGAGGUGAAGCUGAAUUAACAUUUAUUCCAAAGAAAUCAUCAGAUAAAAAACCAAAGAAACAAGUUUCAUUUGAUAGUGAUGAUGAAGAUGAACAAGAUGCUGAAAGUAAACAUGGUAGAACAAAACAAAGAUUUGAUGGUCGUAGAAGAGCUAGUAAGAAUGCAUUCCGUGGUAUGUAA